AUGGGAGGAGGAGGCGGGACCAACCCCGCGGCCGUCGCCUUCGCGUUGCUCGCGGCGGUGGUGGUCGGCGCCGUUGCGGCGGCCGCGGAGGGGGACUCGCUCGCCGGCCUCGCCGCGGGCAUCGACGGCGCCGCGCCAGAGGUGAAGGAAUUGGGGCCAUGGGCGAAGGGGCUGCUCAACGGGAUGCCGGACGGGGCAGCAGGGCCGGCGGCCAUGGGGCCCGUCGCCAAGUACCCGCUGGUACUGGCCGAGGACAGGACGCGGCGGCCGGAUGUUCUCCGCCAUCUCAGGAUGUAUGGAGGUGGUUGGAACAUCACCAGCAAGCACUACUGGGCGUCUGUAUCAUUCACAGGAGUUGCUGGAUUUCUUCUUGCUGCCCUGUGGUUCAUUUCAUUUGGGAUUGCUGCAGCUUCAUUCUGCUUUUGUAAAUCAAGAGUGGGCAAAGCAAAGGUUUCCCAUGCAGAUGUAGCACGACCUGUGUUGCUUGUGGUUGCUGUGCUUGCUUUAAUAACUGGAUGCAUUGUCCUUCUCUAUGGGCAGAAUGAAUUCCGUGAAGAAGCUACCGAUACUUUGGAUUAUGUUGUCAACCAAUCUGAUUUCACUAUCCAGACACUCAGGAAUGUUACAGAUUACUUGUCAUUUGCGACGACGAUCAAUGUGGCAGCACUUUAUCUUCCAUCAGAUGUGCAGGCUCAGAUUAACAAUUUGAAGGUGGACCUAAAUAAAGCAGCUGAUACCAUAUCUCUGAAGACAACAGAAAACUACAAAAGGAUCAGAAAAGUUCUCCAUAAUGUGUCUGUUGCAUUGAUUUGCAUAGCUGUGUUAAUGCCUGUUCUUGCAUUCCUUGGAUAUGUGCUGGAGCUAUACGGACCAAGAUAUACAGUUUACACAUUUGCUACCAUAUGCUGGAACAUCGUGGCAGCUCUCUUCAUUCUUAUCGGGAUUCUUUUGAUAGUUACCAGUGCUUCAAAGGAUACAUGCCAGGCAAUGGACGAAUGGGCAGAACAUCCUCGAGCAGAAACUGCUCUCAGCAACAUCCUUCCAUGUGUGGACGCGAGUACAACCAACCGAACCUUGUACCAGAGUAAACAAGUCGUGGUGCAGCUCGUGAAGUUGGUCAACAGGGCUAUAUCUGCUCUUUCGAACCGAAAAGAGCGCCAUCUGCAUCCUGGGCAGCUCAUGCCUUACCUGUGUUCUCCCUACGAUGAAAACCUGAAUGAUCGGCAGUGCUUGUCCAAGGAGGUGACAUUUGACAAUGCAACGACAGCAUGGCAGGACUACACGUGCAACGCUCCCGACGCGGACGUGUGCUCCGGCCCGAGCACCGUGACACCGGAGAUCUACAGCCAGCUCGUCACGGCGGCGAACGUGAGCUACGCGCUGCACCACUACGCGCCGCCCAUGCUCAACUUCCAGGACUGCAAGUUUGUGCGCGACACGUUCAGCUCCAUCGCCUCGCAGUACUGCCCGCCCCUGGAGCGAGACCUCAGCCUCGUCUCCACGGGGCUGGCGCUCCUCGCCUCGGGCCUCGUCGUUGGCCUUCUCCUGAUGCUCUUUGCGGACCGCCCCCGAAAAAGGGAGGAGGUGUCCGAGCAGACGUCGGGGUUCAGAGUCGCACCCGUGGACUGCUCCCCGUGA